AUGGUUCAGAGCAAAGGAGGAAGUUCCCGGGGAAGCUCCAGUCGGGAGUUCGGCAUCACAUUUGAGAUUGAGCCCCCAGCUGCUGUUCGUCCUGGGACGCCAUUUACCCUGCCAGUAAUUGUGGCAGUCAGGCCCGUGGGCAACCUAGUGAACCCAGCAGUCCAGCACAUGGUUGCGCACGCAUCGCUCAGGAGCGAGACGGGAGCGGCUGCGGCCACCGGACUGGCGGGGACACUAACGUCCAGCGUGCGCAGUCGAAACGGAAACACGACGAGCGGAUUUGCCAAGUUCAGCCCGCUGAGCAUUGCGCAGCCAGGUCGGUACCGAAUUCGAGUGAUCCUCGGUGCUGCCUCUCACAGCGGAGUCACCACAAAGGAGUAUGUCGACUCGGGGGUCAUCCAUGUCCAUGCAGGAGCAGAAGCCGUGCAACGCCCAACGCAUUUGCAGAUUUCUAAGCUCCAGGACAUGACGGCGGAAAAUAUCGAUAUAACAUCGGCUGACAUUGCCGCGUGGCAGAGAGCGGCAUGAGCAUCUCUCGAGUCUCACUCGAUUAUGGGACUUGUUUCCACAUCACCCUUCAUAGAUCCAAGGGUUACCAUGAUUACACGGCCGGACGCCUCCAAGUCACGAACACGGCGGGGGCCACAUUACUGUUACGGGACAAGGAGUACAGCUGGAGAACUGGAAUUUCGUGAUUAUUCUGGCUCCGGCGUUCUGCGUUUUAAUGUAUUUUUUUGGGCAAAUUUCCCCUUUUGGGUCGACUGGUAUCCCAUGAUUGCCCCUUUUUUCUUGUUAUCGCCCCUGAGACGUCCUGCCGGACCACCGACACCAAUAUUUAUUCUACUGUUUGAUGAUAGUUAUUAUUCCAUAGAUGGCCAUAGCACACGGUAUUAGCCACUAAAUUCAUC